AUGUCAUCUAUCCCACCAGUGGAGGUUUGCAAAGAGCCAGAUCUUAUCGAUGGCUGGUGGACCUUGGACAACUUGUUCGCCCUAGAACGUCGAGCAAUAUUCAGCAAGUCCUGGAUCUGUAUCGCACAUAGCAGCAGAUUUACCAAAGCUGGCGACUAUAUCUCCUUCGAGUUUGCCGGCUUUCCCAUCUUGAUCAUCCUAGGCAAAGACAAUAUCGUCCGGGCAUUCCACAACGUAUGCCGCCACAGAGCAUACACCAUCACUAAAAAGCCCACCGGGUCUUCCCUCAUUCUCGGAUGCCGCUAUCAUGGGUGGUCAUACAACACCAAAGGACACCUCGUCAAAGCACCUCAGUUUGACGGUAUCGAAGGCUUUGACAAAUCCGAGAACGGCUUGUUUCGGAUUCAUAGCUGCAAUGACCGCUCUGGCUUCAUUCACAUCAAUCUCAAUGCUAGCCGCAUUGAUGAUGCUCCUGCAUAUGAGGGCACAGGCGUCUUUUCCUCCCAGCAUGGUAUUUAUGCGAGCAACAAGUGGCUCACUGGAUGGGAGAUAAACGGAGGAGCUUUCAAUUGGAAGACUAUCGGAGCAAGCGAACGCAAUGGCACGCAAAUGGCCCCCGCCAGGUCACAUGUUAUCGGCUUUGUUAUGUCAGCAUUCAGCCACACUGGCAUAGACUUCCACAAAUGCCAGACUCUACAUGUCGGGCCUACGGCUAUCAUCGUCAGCUCUCGUGGCUACCCGAUAUGGGUCAUGAUAACCGUGCUUCCCGCAUCAGCUACCCAUUGUACCAUGAAGUGCGAUGUCUACACUUCCGACGCCAGCAUACCCGAAGUCACUAGUUCUGACAACGAUGCGAUACGAAACUACUGUAGCCGCUUUGUGCAGUCCAUUGAGCAGCAGUACGAUUUGAUAAAAUCUACCAAUAGCCCGCAGCAGCGACCUCUGCUUUCUUUGCUCAAGGAACAUCUGCGACUUGAACGCCUUGCUGGCCGGAAACUCUACCCUGCUAGAAAGGAAGACACACAGAGUCAAAGUUUCUGCAAGGCCGAGCAGUUGUGCAAUGAGCUAAAUGAAAAGGCGAAGCUUGCUAGAGUUGAUAGCGCUGAUGCCAUUUUGGAUUGGUAGGGUUUGGAGAGUAGGAUGCUUUAAGGGAACUAUGCCAACGUGAAGAAGCGUCAGUUGAACGUGCCGGGAGUUGACAUUCAUGAAAGCUUAUCCACGAAUCAGCACAGCUUGAAACAUAAUUCUCUAC